AUGGUUCGCAAAGACAAAUGGUGCUGCUCAGCAAAUCAGGCUGAGAUCCUGUCUUUCUUUGGCAGGGAGCCGAGCUUGACCGGCUCAGAUCUACUCUGUGCUGAUGAUGAGACCGUGCAAGAGUACAUGUGCGAGAGGCUCAAGCGGAAAGGCCUUUGGGUGACUGAAAACAGGUCGCCGGAUCCGAAAAUGUGCUUGACGAAUGCUCAGCGCCAUCGUCUGGAAGACUGUCUUCGAGCCCAGGCCGAGGCCGACCCCGCGCCCGAGGACUACGUAAUGGAUGUUACGCAGAAUCUUGAUUGGACUUCUGUAACACAAUACGCGCCGCUCUCGUUUCACCGAGCUCAGCGUUUCGCCUUGCCGGUGGAGCACUUGGCCAUGCAGGGCAUUCCAGUGAUGAGGCAUCUGGAUCCAAAUCCGGUGCCUGGCCAUCGAUCCUGGUGCCGCUUUCUCGACAGCAAUAAGGUGGCAACUGACCCCGGCCAGGAUCGCUUUUGCCUCAGCCUAUCCGGAAACGGAAUGCACAGGCCGUUGAUGGGCACGUGGAUGUGUUACAUGCUGUCGACCAUCUGCCCACGCCAGCAAGACUUUGUCUUUCGGAUGCGGUCGUUCAGCACGAACAGGGGCGACGAAGAUAACAUGUCGGAUGAGGAGUCUUUUGAGUUUUGUACCUGCUGA